AUGUUCCCUCGCACACUCAGAUUAGCCUCUCGUACUCCAUUAAGGAACACUCUUAGGUCACGCAUUGCUUUAAGGAGCUUAUCGAGCCCAGCACCAAGGUCAGGCGGAAACCCAAAGGGUAAGAUCUUAAUAGGAGUCGGAUUGUUAGCCCUCGGAUCUACCAUUUUUGCAGCAACUUACAACAAAAAUGAUCCUAAAUCUGCAGUUGAUCCUUCUACUGCAGCAGAGGUGCAGCAGAAGUCUAAGAAAACGUUCAAAGACGGACAGAUCUCUGUUAUCUUUGUUCUUGGAGGACCUGGUGCUGGUAAAGGUACUCAGUGUGCUAACUUGGUUCGCGAUCAUGGAUUCGUCCACCUUUCUGCUGGGGACCUCUUGAGAGCCGAACAGAAUAGAGAAGGCUCCCAAUACGGAGCUUUGAUUGCACAGUACAUUCGCGAUGGGCUCAUCGUACCACAGGAAGUGACAAUUGCGCUAUUGGAUAACGCUAUUAAAGAAAAGUUCGAUAAGGAAGGAGCCACCAAAUUCUUGGUUGAUGGAUUUCCAAGAAAAAUGGACCAAGCUCUCACCUUUGAAGAUAGCAUUGCUACCUCUUCAUUUACUCUUUUCUUUGAAUGUCCUGAACAAGUCAUGCUUCAGAGAUUACUUGAAAGAGGUAAGACCAGUGGUAGAGCUGAUGAUAACAUUGAGUCUAUAAAGAAGAGAUUUAGAGUUUUCAUCGAAACUUCGAUGCCGGUAGUUGAAUAUUUUGAAAAGCAAGGAAAGGUAGUUAAGGUCAGCUGUGACAAGCCAGUGGAUGAAGUUUACAAUAGCGUGAAGAAGGCAUUGGCUGAAAGAGGCAUUUAG